AUGAUUGAUGCGAUCAAUCAAACUCAACGAGUCGCGGCCUUUACAGGCAUCACAAAGCCUGAUACUCGCGAUAAGUUCUUUCUGGUUAUGGGAAUGACAGGCUCAGGGAAGAGCACCUUUGUCGGUCGAUGCACAGGGGAAGAUGUUACCGUGGGACACGGGCUGAACUCUUGUACCAGUGCUAUAGACGUAUUUGACUUCGACUGCAAUGGCCACAGAGUCUACCUGAUCGACACUCCGGGGUUCAAUGACACAAACCGAUCAGACAUCGAGACAUUGGGAGUCCUCGCCACGUAUCUCGGGGCUUCAUAUGCCAAUGGGGUGCGCAUUCACGGAAUACUGAUGCUACAUCCCAUAUCCGACAAUCGCAUGUCAGGGUCGACGAUGCGAAAUCUUGAAAUGAUGAAGGCGAUGUGUGGAUUUUCGUCAUAUGCAAAUCUUGCCAUAGCGACCACAAUGUGGUCAACAAACUCGUCUCUAUGUGCAAAGCGGGAAGAGCAACUCUUGGACGGAAGGUUCUUUGGUGACCUCAUCGCCAAAGGGGCGAAGCUGUUCCGCCACAACGAAAAGGGCCGGCUGGACUCCUUGGAAGAGGUUACUUCUGCGCGACGUAUUGUGACACAUCUUAUCCGCCAAUCAGACAACCAUACUACAGAGGUUUUGCGACUGCAGCGUGAGAUCAUUGACCAACAGAAAAUGAUUGGCGAGACCCAAGCAGGUAUCGUGCUUGCUGGGGAUUUGUAUAAAGUUCGUCAAGAACAUGAGCGGGAAUUGCAAAAGCUGAGAGCUAAGGUCGAUGCGGAAAACCACCAACGUAACGCGGAGCAUGUUGCUGAGUUGCAGGAGCUUCAGGCGGAUCUGGAAAAGCAGCUGAAGAAAGCCGAAAAGGAUAGACGAGCGCUGCGGAAGUCGAUGCAAGAUUUGCACGAGGAGGAAGAACGAGCUUGGCGGAAGAGACUCAAGGAGAUGGAAAAGAAAUUUUUAUACGACCUCGCCGUUAGAGAAGAAGAACUUCUCGAGAUGGAAGAGUCUCUAGCGGCAGUAAUCAGGGAUGCAGCUCGACGAGGCAAAACGUCUCAGCAGAUUACGUCCCAAUUAGGGAGAUACGAGGAAGAGGUUGAUACCGUUCGAACAGAGGUGUCCCAGGCCAGGCAUACCUAUCAGAAGCUUAGUGGGCAAACACACAACUUGUUCAAUGGCGCGUCCAAUGGUAUUGCCUCCGGUAUGGCGUCUGGAGUCAUCACUGCAGCCAUUGCGGGUGGCUUAUUUUGUACAGUCAUGUAG